AUGAAAUAUAGCCUGCCAUUAGAGAGUUUAGUGUUCCGGAAGUCGCAGCAGCUGCAUCAAUUGGGCGCCAUUUCUUUCUAUAUCUGCCGACCGCUUGCCUCGGUGGAGCUACUGCUGCUUGGACGGUUGUUGGUUGGCCUCGCUGGCGGCCUGGUGACGGCCUGUAUGAACUUGUAUCACAGUGAGCUGGCUGCACUACAGCAGCGCAGCAAAUUGUCGCCGUUCUGCCCCUUGGGCUUAGUGUUGGGCGUGGUGGUGGCCCAAAUCUGUAGUCUUCAAUCGGUGCUGGGCAGUGAGCAGCAUUGGCACAUUGCGCUGGCCUUCUUUGGCAUCUUUGUGGUGAUCUCUUAUGCUCCCUUCAAAUGAUAUUUAAAGGCACGCAAAGAAGCGGCGGCAAGGCAACUGCAACUCUUGCGCGGCUAUGCGGCAGACAGCGAGGCGUUGCGUGCCGAACUGGAGGACAUAGAGAAUGAGGCGAACGUGCAGAGCACUCCGAGCACCUUUAUUCAGGUGCUGCGCAAUCCGAAACUGCGAAUGCCUUUGAUCAUUGUCUGCGCAUAUUUGGGCGGGCAGCAGCUAUCGGGCAUAAAUGCGAUCUUUUACUAUUCGGUGUCCAUAUUUCGCCGGACGGGACUUACUGCACAGGCGGCGGAGUGGACCAAUCUGAGCGCUGGCUGCACAAAUCUGGCCACCGCGCUGCUGGGACCCAUUUUGAUGGAGCACUUUAAUCGCCGACCUCUGAUGCUCUUCUCCACCCUCUUCAGCUGCAUUUUCCUCUUUCUGUUUGCCAUUUUGCUGCAGCUUAUUGUGAGUUGUGUGUGGGUUGGGUUUUAAGCUGGUUUGUUAUGUUGCAUUGCCUGCAUAUUUUUGUACCUUGUUGUCUUCUAAAUUGUUCUCGGACAGCUGCCUUUCUUCAUUAGUGCAGAUCUCUUUGAGGUUGCACCACGUUCCGCUGCAAUGUCCGUGGGCAGCGUUGUCUAUUGGUUGUGCAAUCUGACCAUUGGCAUGGCCUUUCCCAGUUAGCAGAAUGCAUGGGGUGCUUUAGUGUUUCUGCCGUGCUCGUUGAUUUGCCUGCUGCUGUUUGGGCUGACGAAACGCUACUUGCCGGAGACCCGUAGUCGAGAUCCAUCCGAGGUGGCGCCGCUGGUUGCCAACGGCUUUAAAUCAAAACGGCUCAGACAAUGAUUAAGUUUAGUUAUGCUGCUGCAACAGCUCUAAUAAAUUUCGAUAGGAUUAGCGCUUCACUUAGAUUAAAAAGUCGACAAACAAUUGCU